AUGAGAUACAUCCACUCCCAAGAGAACCUGACGGUUCCCGAGAAUGUCAAGGUUCACAUCAAGUCCCGCAUCGUCACCGUUGAGGGCCCCCGUGGCAAGCUCGUGAAGGAUCUGUCCCACUUGGCUGUCAACUUCUCCCAGCCGGUCAAGGGCACCAUCAACAUUGAGAUCCACCACGGCUCAAGAAAGAACGUUGCCACCCUUCGCACCGUCCGCACCCUCAUCAACAACUUGAUUAUCGGUGUCACCAAGGGCUUCAAGUACAAGAUGCGCUACGUCUACGCCCAUUUCCCUAUCAACGUCAACCUGGAGAAGGACUCCGAGACUGGUCUGUGGGAGGUCGAGAUCCGCAACUUCAUCGGCGAGAAGCUCGUCCGCAAGGUCGUCAUGCGCGAGGGUGUCGACGUCGAAGUCUCCAAGUCGCAGAAGGACGAGCUCGUCCUCUUCGGCAACUCCCUUGAGGCUGUCUCCCAGUCCGCCGCCGAUAUCCAGCAGAUCUGCAAGGUCCGCAACAAGGAUAUCCGUAAGUUCUUGGACGGCAUGUACGUCUCCGAGAAGGGCAACAUUGAGGAGGAGGCUUAA